UGGAACAUUGGAAAUGUGAUCUUAUAAAUAUCAAUAGAAAGGUAGCUGAAUACCACAACUCCUAACAACAAUGGAGAACCAAUCUCUAACUUUUGUUGGUGAUGAAGAAGCAAAGGUUCGUAAGUCAACAAAAUUUCAUCCAAGCAUUUGGGGUGAUUAUUUUAUCCAAAACUCCUCGCUCUCUCACGCAGAGGAGUCCACUCAAAGGAUGAUAAAGAGGGUGGAAGAAUUAAAGGUGCAAGUAAAGAGCAUGUUCAAGGACACUAGUGACAUAUUGCAACUUAUGAAUUUGAUUGAUUCAAUUCAAAUGCUUGGAUUGGACUACCAUUUUGAGAAUGAAAUAGAUAAAGCACUAAGAUUGAUCAAUGAAGUUGAUGAUAAGAGCUAUGGACUUUAUGAAACUUCUUUAAGAUUUCGAUUGCUUAGGCAACAUGGAAAUCAUGUAUCUACAGAUAUUUUUAACAAGUUCAAAGGUGACAAUGGAAGCUUUAUAUCUUCCUUGAAUGGAGAUGCCAAGGGAUUAUUAAGCUUAUAUAAUGCGUCUUAUCUUGGAACACAUGGAGAGACUAUACUUGAUGAAGCCAAGUCUUUUGCAAAGCCUCAGCUUAUAUCCUUAUUGAGUGAACUUGAACAAUCUUUAGCCGCGCAGGUCACACUUUUCCUUGAGUUACCACUUCAUAAAAGAGUCAAAAUUCUCUUGGUGAGAAAAUAUAUACUUAUUUAUCAAGAGGGUGCAAUGCGAAACAAUGUCCUAUUAGAAUUUGCAAAGUUGAAUUUCAAUUUACUACAAUCUCUUUAUCAAGAAGAACUGAAGAAAAUUUCAAUAUGGUGGUAUGAUUUAGCACUUGCUAAAUCACUAAGUUUUACUCGUGACCGAAUUGUGGAAUGCUAUUAUUGGGUUCUUACUUUAUAUUUUGAUCCUCAAUAUUCUCAUUCCCGAUUGAUUUGCUCCAAAGUGAUUUCUCUUGUAUCAAUUAUGGAUGAUAUCUAUGAUAACUAUGGCACAUUGGAAGAGUGCAGACAAUUAACUGAAGCAAUCAAAAGGUGGAAACCUCAAGCUAUUGAUAGUUUACCGGAAUAUUUGAAAUAUUUCUAUCUCAAGCUAUUAAAGACUUUUGAAGAAAUUGGAGAAGAGUUGGAACAUAAUGAGAAAUAUCGUAUGCUAUAUCUUCAAGAUCAAAUAAAGGCUAUAGCGGUAGCUUAUCUUGAAGAAGCUAAGUGGAGUAUUGAGCGACAUGUGCCAUCACUUGAUGAACACUUGCAUUAUUCGUUAAUUACCUCUGGGUGUUCUUUAGUCCCUUGUGCCUCUUACGUAGGUAUGGGAGAAGUGGCAACAAAAGAGGUAUUCGACUGGCAUUCUAGUUUUCCCAAGGCCGUAGAAGCUUGUUGUGCAAUUGGAAGAAUCUUGAAUGAUAUAACAUCAUAUGAGCGGGAGCAAGGGAGAGGCGAUAAUGCCUCUACAGUGGAAAGUUACAUGAAAGAUCAUGGUACAAAUGAAAAAGACGCAUGUAAGAAGCUGCAAGAGAUAGUAGAGAAAGCAUGGAAGGAUCUGAACCAAGAGUCUCUUAAUCAAAAAAAUAUAUCUCGACUUAUAAUUGAAAGACUGGUCAACUUUUCAAGAUCAAUGGAAGAAAUAUACAUGUCUAAUGAUAUGUACACCAAUUCCGGCACUAAGAUGAAAGGUAAUAUCACUUUAGUGUUGGUUGAAGCUUUUCCUGUAUAAGAGUGUGACUUCUUCAAUAAGUCAUAGUGAGAAGAGCAUGUUGAGGGCUAUCAGAGGCAGCCAUUAUAGUGUGAAGAUACUCAACACUCAGUCAAUGUUUGAAUAAAGUAUACGACUCGCUUAAUAAAAUUUGCAAUUUGACUUGGGAGAUA